AUGCCCACUCAGCUGGAGCUGGCCAUGAACAUCAUGAUUAGGAUCUUCCACCAGUACUCUUGCAAGGAAGGGGACAGUUUCAAGCUCGACAAGGGGGAACUGAAAAUCCUCCUGCAGCGAGAGCUCACGAAAUUCCUCUUGUGCCCAAAAAAACCCCAAUUGGUUGAUAAGAUAAUGCAGGACCUGGAUGCCAAUAAGGACAACGAAGUGGAUUUUAAUGAAUUUGUGGUCAUGGUGGCAGCUCUGACAGUUGCUUAUAAUGAUUACUUUGUAGAACAAUUGAAGAAGAAAGGAAAAUAA